CACAAGUUCUUCAAAAUUAUAACCCAAGUGGAAACCUAUUUUGAACCUAGGUCAUUCAAGGUCAAAAAAUAAGCAGACCUCUCUGGUAGUAAUAACAGGCGCAUGCAGAUGAUGUGAGAUUCUCAUUCGUUUGCACUGGCGGAGCAAAUAAUAGAAAAAUUAACAAUAUUAGCUCAAUAAACUCAAUCACUUAAAAUGAACCUGUAUAAACUGUUGAUGAAGCCAAGCAUGCAUGAUAUUGGGGUGAAAGCUCACGUCAAAAUAACGUUUUCUUUGAGAAGAUGAAAAUAAUCAUGCAAUUGCUGUUAAUUUGGAUGCAAUUUCAUGCUUUUCAUGCCUCUCCAUCACUAGUUAAACGUUUGCUUCAAUCUUUUUCUAGUUCUUCUUAAUUACACUGUGUACUUGCAAGAAAAAAGAUUGGAAAUUGCAUCACCAUUGCAUACUUCCUCUUUUACUUUUACCAUUUUCGCCAAUGGGGAGACCUCCUUGCUGCGAUAAAUCCAAUGUGAAAAGAGGUCUCUGGACUGCAGAGGAAGAUGCAAAGAUACUUGCCCAUGUAUCCAACCAUGGGAUUGGCAACUGGACAAUGGUGCCUAAGAAAGCAGGGCUCAAUAGAUGUGGGAAGAGCUGUAGGCUGAGAUGGACUAAUUACUUGAGGCCCGACCUCAAGCAUGACAACUUCGCCCCUCAAGAAGAAGAGCUUAUUAUUAAUCUUCACAAGGCUAUAGGCAGCAGGUGGUCUUUAAUAGCAAGGGAGCUUCCAGGAAGAACAGACAACGAUGUCAAGAACUAUUGGAACACUAAGCUUAGGAAGAAGCUUUCCAAGAUGGGAAUUGAUCCUGUAACUCAUAAACCCUUCUCUCAGAUGCUUUCUGAUUAUGGUAACAUUAAUUGGAUAUCAAAUACUGGAAACCAAAUUGCUUCUUUCAAUAAAAACUUGAACUCAAAUCUCUUUUCCAAACCAGAAUCCUCUCCUGUCUUAACUGGAUCUUCAAGUUCCAAUAAUGUAACCCUGAAGCCUCCCAUUGAACAAGUUCAAGAAAAUUCAUUUGCUAGUAACAGCUGUUCAUGGGAACUUCUGCCCCAGUUUCAGGUAACUAACCAUGAGAUUAUGCAACAACAUUUGUUUAAUGAGGUUAGCUCUUCUUGUUCGUCUUCUUCUUCCACUACUGUUACACAAUUAAACUCGCCACGAUCCUAUACCUGCCAACAAUCUCAACCUCCAAUAAAACCCUCUUCUUCUUGUUUGUGGAGUGAGUUUCUCAUCAGUGACAGUGAUCCUCUAGGGUACUCUGACUUUCAACAGCAGCAACAAGAGCAAGACUCUCAUGGGGUAAUGUCAUCAAUCUCGACACAGAAUGAUAUAUUCCAAGGCAAGUUCACUAGUGGGAAUGAGGAUUUUGGAUUAUAUGAUCAAAGGGGAAUAAAUGGAAAUCAAACAAACAACUAUACUGAUGCAUCUUCAUCUUCUGCAAGUUCAUUUGUGGAUGGUAUCUUGGAUAAGGACAGAGAAAUGCGAUCACAAUUUCCCGAACUUUUAUAUCCUUCUUUUGAGUACUGAGAAUUUUAACCACAGAAAUAAGUACUGAUUUAGGAGAUUUAAUGAAAGAUUAAUUUUGACUUGCA